AGGCCCGCGGUGGGGGGUGUGGGGGGAGCCCCGCCCCCGCCGGGCGUGUGUGUCGGGUGUGUUUGGGGCCCGCGCGGCUGGCGCGCCCUCUCCCUUUUUACGCCUCCGGCCCCCCCGCAGCCCGGCUGCGGCCCCUGCGCCCCUAGCCCCGCCGGGCGUCGCGGGCCAACAUGGGCCAGGAAGAGGAGCUGCUAAGGAUCGCCAAGAAGCUGGAGAAGAUGGUGGCCAGGAAGAAGACGGAAGGGGCCCUGGACCUCCUGAAGAAGCUCGACAGCUGGCAGAUGUCCAUCCAGCUGCUCCAGACCACCAGGAUUGGAGUCGCCGUGAAUGGGGUCCGCAAGCACUGCUCCAACAAGGAGGUGGUGGCCUUGGCCAAAGUCCUCAUCAGGAACUGGAAGCAGCUGCUGGACUCCCCAGCAACCCCCAAAAGAGAAAAAGGAGAGGAAAGAGUAAAAGCCAAGAAGAAGGAAAAAGGGCUUGACUGUUCAGAUUGGAAGCCAGAGACAAGUCUUUCUCCACCAAGGAAAAAACGGGUGGAAGAGCCCAAAGACAGGAGAGACUCUGUGGAGUCCAAGUCUUCAGCCACCUCUUCUCCAAAAAGACCAUCGAUGGACAGAUCAAACAGCAGCAAAUCAAAAGCAGAGACUCCCAGAACACCCAGCAGCCCCUCGAGCCCCACGUUCGCCCCCUCCGUCUGCCUCCUGGCGCCCUGCUAUCUCACAGGGGACUCCGUCCGGGACAAGUGCGUGGAGAUGCUCUCUGCGGCCCUGAAGGCUGAUGAUGAUUACAAGGACUAUGGAGUCAACUGUGACAAGAUGGCAUCAGAAAUUGAAGAUCAUAUCUACCAGGAGCUCAAGAGCACGGACAUGAAGUACCGGAACCGCGUGCGCAGCCGCAUCAGCAACCUCAAGGACCCCAGGAACCCCGGCCUGAGGCGGAACGUGCUCAGCGGGGCCAUCUCCGCGGGGCUCAUUGCCAAGAUGACGGCGGAGGAAAUGGCCAGUGAUGAGCUGCGGGAACUGAGGAAUGCCAUGACCCAGGAGGCCAUCCGUGAGCACCAGAUGGCCAAGACAGGCGGCACCACGACCGACCUCUUCCAGUGCAGCAAAUGCAGGAAGAAGAACUGCACCUAUAACCAGGUGCAGACACGCAGCGCUGAUGAGCCCAUGACGACCUUUGUCUUAUGCAACGAGUGUGGCAAUCGCUGGAAGUUCUGCUGACAGAACCACCAACCAGGAUUUCAGUGAACAAGGUGAGGAAGAAUAAAGAGAAGACACCAAGCCCUUCGUAAACUGGAGAAAAAUAAAAAUGAAAAUGAAGAGAAA